AUGCAGUCGUCCUGCUCGGCGACCUCGGGCGGCGGCGGCGGCGGCGGGGGCGGCGGCGGAGGGAAGUCGGGGGGCAUUGUCAUCUCGCCGUUCCGGCUGGAGGAGCUCACCAACCGCCUGGCCUCGCUGCAGCAGGAGAACAAGGUGCUGAAGAUCGAGCUGGAGACCUACAAACUCAAGUGCAAGGCGCUGCAGGAGGAGAACCGCGACCUGCGCAAAGCCAGCGUGACCAUCCAAGCGCGGGCGGAGCAGGAAGAAGAAUUCAUCAGCAACACUUUAUUCAAGAAAAUUCAGGCCUUGCAGAAGGAGAAAGAAACUCUUGCUGUGAAUUAUGAAAAGGAGGAAGAGUUUCUCACCAAUGAGCUCUCCCGAAAGCUGAUGCAGUUGCAGCAUGAGAAGGCGGAGCUGGAGCAGCAUCUGGAGCAGGAGCAGGAGUUUCAGGUCAACAAGCUGAUGAAGAAGAUUAAGAAGCUCGAGAACGACACCAUAUCCAAGCAGCUCACCUUGGAGCAGUUGAGACGGGAGAAGAUUGACCUUGAAAACACCUUGGAACAAGAGCAAGAGGCCCUGGUCAAUCGGCUGUGGAAAAGGAUGGACAAGCUGGAGGCCGAAAAACGAAUCCUGCAGGAGAAAUUAGACCAGCCUGUCUCUGCCCCACCAUCGCCUAGAGAUAUCUCCAUGGAGAUCGAUUCCCCGGAAAACAUGAUGCGGCACAUCAGGUUUCUGAAGAAUGAAGUGGAGCGGCUGAAGCAGCAGCUGAGAGCUGCACAGCUGCAGCAUUCAGAGAAGAUGGCCCAGUAUCUGGAGGAGGAACGGCACAUGAGGGAAGAAAACUUGAGGCUGCAGAGAAAGCUCCAGCGGGAGAUGGAGAGGAGGGAAGCGCUCUGUCGCCAGCUGUCAGAGAGCGAGUCCAGCUUGGAGAUGGAUGACGAGAGGUAUUUUAAUGAAAUGUCUGCACAAGGAUUAAGACCUCGCACUGUGUCCAGCCCCAUCCCUUACACGCCUUCUCCGAGUUCAAGCAGGCCUAUAUCACCAGGUCUGUCAUAUGCAAGUCACACGGUUGGCUUCACACCACCCACCUCGUUGACUCGAGCCGGAAUGUCUUACUACAACUCUCCGGGCCUCCAUGUACAGCACAUGGGGACGGCCCACGGCAUUACAAGGCCUUCACCACGGAGAAGCAACAGUCCCGACAAGUUCAAACGGCCCACACCGCCUCCAUCUCCCAACACACAGACCCCAGUCCAGCCGCCUCCACCACCGCCUCCACCGCCCAUGCAGCCCACAGUGCCCUCGGCAGGCACCUCGCAGCCCACCCCUCCCUCCCAGCCUUAAUGCAUGAGCUUAGUCAGAAUUUCACAUUGGACUCGUCUGAUGGAGCCACUUUCUCAACGCCAAAGGCUUCUCCCCUGGCGUCUCCGGACCUGACUUGUUUGCACUGAGGUUGUCUACGCUUUCCCUUCUUGUGGUGUUGUAAAUGUUUGUUGGAAACGCAGCCGGCGUUGUGGGUCUGUGACACUAACCAGACGACUUUUUCCAUCGGUGUUUUACUUGAAUCUUGGUGUCUGUGGCUCCCUGGCUGGAACAUGGCUAUGUGGUAUUUGGUAACAGCAUCAGUGUGCAAUCCCCCCACCCUGGCCCCAAAGCUUCAUUUUCUUGGCUUUUAGGUUUAUAAAAUAGGAAGGGAAAUCUUUCAUAAUUUUUCCCCACGAAUUUGCAGAAAAUUACUGAGCUGUUACUACCCCCACCCCCGUCUCCAAUUUACAGUGGUGUUUACCAAAUAUACCAAGAAUUCAGCACUACAGUCCAGACCUUUGCAAAUCUAACUCUCAGUGUAGGAUGGGAAGUUAGAUGAAUCAGUGCCCACAACAUGUCUAGUGUUUAGUAGAGCUUUCUACAGAAACAGAUAGAUACACUUUUUACAGAUCGUUUUCCAUGUGAAUCGACAGGCACAUCUCUUGUAAACAGCCGAAUAAACCACAGGGCUGUGUCCUCUCCACAUGGAUAAUUAUUGCAUAUUGAGAUGUGAUUCUGUCCUUUAUCCUUAAUGCUAAUCCACCUAAGCUGGCCCCCUCCAGGAAGAGUGGACAGAUGCCCUUCUCACCAGUGGUUUCCAUGGUGACUGGAAUGCGCUCUUUGAUUGCUGCUGCAGGGCCACGUGAUUGUAACAGCCCAUGUGGUGACCCCUUCCCUUCUCUUGUGCUCUCCUGAGACAGAUAUUUUCAAGGUGCAAAAUGCUGUUAGAAAAUACUGUCUGCAGUGUAGAUGGCAUCCUGGUGUAGUCCGUGGGGCUCGGCACAAGCAAGUGUGGCCAGCAGAGCGGCUUGUUGGCCUCGGUGAUCACUCGCUCUGCCCAGCAUGAGCAAGGUCACCGUGCAAAGAGGAGGGUUCCGGGCACAUGAUUUCCAUUCAUUCAGCACAAAUAAAUCCUUAGGUUUCACUGCAGAGUGGACACCCCGACUCCCUCUUUUCUUCACACCUGUUACACCCUCAUUUCUGUUGUUCGACAGUUAGUGUUUUGUGCUUUUUACCACCUGUGUCUGCACAUUUAUAUAUGCUGUGGUUGAAAAUAACUUACUAGAGAAUGUAUAUUUUAUGACGAGAACGUGUAUCUGUUGGAUGUAAUCAGAGAACUGAAAAUUAAUUUAUGGGUAAUUUUUAAGAGUUGAUGUUUGUGACAACCACCUCCAAUAGCUACUCUUUACGGAACACACUCCUGAAAGUAAGGAGAACCCUGGUGACAUUGUAGAUAUUUAAUAUUGUACAGUAUAGAACCUCCAUUUUUGCCUUUGAAUGCAUAUUUAAGAGUUAACAGAAUGAAAAAAAAAGUGUUAUUGGAUAAUAGUGUUUGACUAGCAUUUUUAAACCUUGAGAGAAAAAGCAUCUUUUGGGUCUUUUUACCUCUUCCUCCUCCCCCUAAACUGAGAACGUUCUCCUCGAUUACUAGGAAGAAAUCGUCAGUCUAUAAAAAUCUUAUUUAUAAAGUGUAUGUGAGAUCGUGCAGUUCUCAAACACGGGAUGGAGUUUGGCAUUUAUGGUCGAGGCUUUAGGUUUUAAAUGUCAGACUGGGCCAUGUCAAACUGGGGCAUUUCUUCACCAUCUCAUGGACCCUCCUGGUACAUUACUAUUCCAAGGAACUUCUGAGACUAGGCAGAUCAACUCUUCCUUCACGGUACAGUUCGUGAUUUUUUUUUUCUUUUAAGAGAAAUAUGGUACAUGUUUACAAGACUGUUCUGGGAUUGUAGAUCUCAGUGCUGUUGGUCAGUGGCUCGUUCCAACAAGCACAUCCACACUGUAAAGAUCUUCCUCCAUUUCUGUCUCGUUAGUUACCUCCCGAAAGCACAAGUCAACAGGCUGCUUUGUGGUGAGCAGAUGGUCCUGAUGCAUGCCUUUAGAGGCAGGUUCUUGACGUUCAGGGCUUGUGCAGAUAGUACCCAGCGGGUUCCCCUAGAUGUAUCAUGUCACCUCAGAGUAAAACCCAGCUCUUCCACCAGCACCUUUCCAACAUAAUCCAGUUGCCUCUCCCUGCAGAUGUACAGCACAGAGAGAACAAACACUAAUUGAAUUUAGGAUGUUUUGUGUCAUUUUUAAAGUGUUUUCAGACUCUUUGUGGAGCCUGCAGUUCUCGGGUGGUAUCUGCCAGGACAGUUUCUUGGCAGUUGCUCAACAACUAGGUAAGAGAAUCAGAUGCUGAGCCCCUAGAGGAGCCUUCUUACCUGCAGGAAGCCUGGCUGGGGGAAUUCUCACACCGUCUGAGCCUGGUUCUUGCCAUUCUGAUACUCUCCCAGGCUAAGCCUGGAUUAAAAUCAGUGGCCAUGGUCAGGCAGGUGGGAGGAACAGUAUCUUCAAUUGCUUCAUUUCCUGUCUUGUUGACAGAGACCCUGUGUACCACUGUGCUGCUAGUGGCUAAGUACUCUGUUCCCAGACGACCUUACCUUUGUAUAGAACCAGGUCCACCUGCCUAGCACCCACCACCUCUAGGCUCUCAACUGCUUUCUCUCACCAAGCACGCUGGCAUUCUAAACAGAAUUCUAGACAUUGGGCAGAUGCGGAAGUAUUGAAGAUUUAACUUCUGUGUUGAUUAGAAGGAGCUUUGAAUUCUGAGCUCCUGAGAUGCUAGAGACCAUGGAAUGAAUGUGUGACCAGAAUGUGGCUUUCACACCACGUGCUGCUGUGCCUUUGUUACUGGCUUCUGAUUCGACCGGAAAUAAUAAUGUGAAUUUUUGUUGAUCGUUCAGUUGUAGGAAAACAGUAUGUACCCCCUUUUGUUAGGUAGACGUGAACUUGCCUUGCGUGAAGCUCUCAGAGGAUGACCAGUAAGGCAAGAAAAGCAUGGAACUUGUGUUUCAGAGAGCUUAAUAUUUUUAGCAGUACAGAAGAAACUUUUUCUGUGUAAUUUGAUCUUCUGUCGAGUACUAGUCUUACAAGGUAACACAGCUUGUGACCACUACCAAAGACAUGCACAGUAAAACUUCUAUUUACAAAUUAUUAAAGAGCCCGCCAUGGAUGCUGGUACGUGAGUUCAUGUUCAAGAGCCAUUGUAAGAAAGAGUAAAGGAUUCUUAGGGUUUUUUUGUUUUAAGUUUUAGCUUUUUUAAAUUUUUUAUUUAAGAAAACAUGUUAGCCUAACAUUUGGGGGAGCAUUUUCCAGAAUGCUCAGCAGUUGUGAUUUCUGGCCACGCCCAGGUUUCCUCUCAUCGGGCAAUUGAAGGAAUCCUCCGUCCGUGCUAGCGUGGGUGCUGUGUGUGUGCACGUGUGCGUGUGUGCGUUCAUGCCUUAACUUGGAUUACUGCUCUGUUCAGUGUUUCACUUAGUCUGUGCCAUCAUCCAGAUGGUAUCACACGGCUCGAGCUGAGCUUCAUCCUGGUCAAAACAAAGUUGCAGGCACGAUGGGUUAAGCGUACAUUCCUCCGCAGGAUGCCUGGUCAGGUGGACUCUGAGUCAUCUUCAUGGACUUCAUCUGGAACUUAGCCUGGAAAGAAAAACGGGACUGUCAGACAGAAAGAGGUCCGCAAGGAAGAGAGGAGAGCCAAAUGCUCGCAUGCCCUCUGCCUCUGCGCGCCGUGUGUUGUCCUGAUAGCUCGUCUACAGCUUGACUAGGUUGGAGUUCUGGUAACAGUGGCGAUCUUGACAUUCUCAUUCAGAGUUUAGAGAGAUGUAAGACUUCCGAUUAAUGUCUUAUUUACUUUGUGUUGAUUAGUCUUUGAUACAUGUGCUGAAUCAGAAACCUAAAUAAAGAUAAUUUUUUAAAAUGUA